AAGCUGUGUGCUGAACAAGCCUUUCGCUGUGACACUGCACACAAUGCAGAGCUCUCCCUGGAAGGUCAGGUGUGCUACUCUGUGCUUCACUCUCUUAUCCAUCACUGGGGUCAAGCUCAGGCCCUUGGGCGAGCAGGAGAAAAUGAUUCAGCUGGAGGCCGUGAAGAAAAGCAUUUUGGAUCGCCUGGGUUUACACAGACCUCCUGUUAUCAGGGAAAAAAUGGACAAAGAUGAAAUGCGCAAAAUUUACUGGUUAUAUCAGGAGAAGUUAAUGGAGCUGCGGGGAAAUAUAAGCAUGGAAGAGACUCCAAAGCGAAGAGUGCAUAUACUGACACCAAAAUUGGAACGUAGCACAAAGAAAUGUGGCAUACCUGGAAACAGUCAUCGCUACAAUUUGAUCUUCUCCAGGACACAGACAAUACAUCAACAGUUAAGCGUGAUGAGGGCUGAGCUGAAACUCUGCAAAGAUGUAUUAGCUGCACUCAAAUCAGCAGCAGCUAACUCAACAUCUAAGGCUAUGGUGAACAUUUACAAAGUGACAGAGUCAAUCCAUGGUAAUGGAGAACAAGAAUAUAAGUUACUUGAUUCUAAAUCCAUAGACAAAGACAUAUUGGCAUUAAAUAUGACAUUAAAUGUGGAUACUGCCGUACAGCAGUGGAUUGCAAGUUCAGAGAAAUGUCUGCGGCUUGAGUUAGUAAUUAUAUUGAACAUCCCUUUUGUGAGUGAUGGCAGAAAACAAAUGAGAGCGGAUGAUGCCCUUGUGUUAGAGGUAGAGACACAGGAGCAAGCUCAUUCUAAAACAAGAAGAGCCAGAUCCCUCUCUGUAGAUGAAGACUGUAAAAAAAGUGAGAAGAAAUGUUGCCGCAAGUCCUUAUUGGUAUCUUUUGAGCAGAUUGGUUGGAGCGACUGGAUUGUACAUCCAUCUACCUAUGAAAUGCGUUUUUGUGAUGGAUCCUGCCCACAUAACUACAAACCAGCCAGUAUGCAUGCUCAGAUUAAAUACAGAAUGCAUCACAUUAACGGAGAGACGCCAGCACCAUGCUGUGUUCCAGGAAGUUAUGACCCCAUGGUACUCAUGCAUUACAACUCUGAGCGCAAACUGGUUUUUACAGUCUUUGAUGACAUGAUUGUUAAAAAGUGCCACUGUGCCUGAGGGGGUGCCAAGAGUGCCAGUAAUUUGAGAAGUGCUUGCUAACUGAAAUAUCUCAUCAUGCAUCAGAACAAUGACCAAAACAAAAACAUGU